CGACCGAAAUGAGCAGGGCCAGAUUUUUGAGCCAUAAGUUUGGAACUGCAAACGUGGAAGCAUUCCCAGCAAGAGAAGAAGAAGUCGCUUAAACCCCAAAAGCAAAAGCAAAAGAACCUAAUUGAAACGUGUCUCCCCAAAAGCUUCGAUCCAAGAAUCAACAACUAACUAAAGAAAAUGCGGGUUUUCUAAUAAAAGGGCUCGCAGAAGAAACAAACAGUAGUAUCUAAUCACGCAGAUCAAAUGAGAGAGGUUCGAGGCAGGAGCUUUGUGGAAGAAUUUUCCCCUGGCUAUUAUGGCAUAUGUAGUCUCGGAGGAAUGCUCAGUGCAGGGGCUACCCACCUUGCUAUUACUCCUCUUGAUGUCUUGAAAGUCAAUAUGCAGGUCAAUCCAAUCAAGUAUAACAGUAUUUUGACUGGAUUUUCUACUCUAUGGAAAGAACAAGGACCUUCUUCCCUUUGGAGAGGGUGGUCUGGCAAGUUGUUUGGAUAUGGUGUUCAAGGCGGCUUCAAAUUUGGUCUUUAUGAAUAUUUUAAGAGGCUUUACUCUCAUGCCUUAGUAGAUCAAAACAGGACUUUUAUAUUUUUUCUCAGUAGUGCAUCUGCACAAGUAUUUGCUGACCUGGCUCUCUGCCCAUUUGAAGCCAUCAAAGUCCAGGUCCAAACACAACCCAAAUAUGCCAAGGGCUUGAUGGAUGGGUUUCCAAAACUAUAUAAAGCUGAAGGUUUUGCUGGCUUUUACAGAGGCAUUUUACCACUUUGGGGCCGCAAUCUUCCGUUUUCCAUGGUAAUGUUCUCCACAUUUGAGCAUUCAGUGGACUUGAUAUAUCGAGACAUUAUCCAAAGAAAAAAGGAAGAUUGUUCUCGGGUUCAACAGCUCGGUGUGACGUGCUUAGCAGGGUAUGUAGCUGGAGCUGUUGGCACUGUGAUUUCUAAUCCUGCUGACAAUAUUGUCAGCUCUCUUUAUAACAAAAAGGCUGAAAAUAUGCUUCAGGCUAUGAAGAAUAUUGGACUAGUUAAUCUCUUCACUAGGAGUCUUUCUAUUCGGAUCACACUGGUGGGACCAGUUGUUACUUUGCAGUGGUUUUUCUACGACACUAUCAAACUACUAAAUGGACUUCCUACAAGCGGAGGGCUUAGCAUGCAUCAGGAAGAAGCUUACUCAUCAGCUUAAACUCUUGGAAGUUCAAACAGGAAAGUAAAAGUUGCAAGCCAAUUUAACCUGCCAUCCUGAGAACUGCCUCAAAAGUAAUUCUACAAUAAUUCUCCACUUGAUGACUGGAUAUGUUAAUGUACAUAAGUUCUUUUGUAUGUGUUUAGAUUAAGAUGGUAAUUUUUUUUUUCUCAAAGGAAAUACCUGCCUUUUUUAAACUAGCAGGCUGAAAUGGAUUUGAAGUCACCUUGCUCUAUUCCCAUUUUGUCCCAAUAAAAUAUGUAUUUCCUAAUUUUUGAAUUUAUUAUGCAAAAUUAUUUUCAAACUGUCUGGUGAAAAUGAUUCAUAUGUUGUUUUUA